UCGUAAAUCCAGAAAGCGGAGACUUUGAUGAAGCGCGAGGAGGGCGCUGGAGCGAUGCCACUUUAGGGGGCAGGGAACGAGAUGGAGUUUCAGCUGAGGCUUUGCCACUUAGAUUCUGAGCCUUAGCCGCUUCCAUAGGUCUUUCUCCCUCCGCCACAAAUCUGGUGCCAGGUGGGGACGCGGGCGAGUAUCCCCAAGUUGCCCUGCGGCUCUAGCCCCGCGGUCCGCACAGUGCGCAAGCGGGAUAAGAAGGCGCCCGCUUGCACCCAGCCUGCCCUUGAGACGAAGAUGGGAUCGGUUCUCACCUUUGUUAGAAACGCGAUCCUUCAACCUUGCAGAGGAUACAUGGAGCGGAAAGUAGUUUUAAGGAGCCCCCCCCCCCCAGCCAAAGACAAGCCCGGGGAAGCUGGUGCACCCAGUUUAUUUUGAGAAGACGCCUUGACAAGAGUCCGCGUCCACUUUGAAUGAGUAACCCGAGUUGUCUUCCUUUGAGGCAUCUUCCUAGGGUCCCUGAGGACGCUUUUGCUCCUUCUGUCCUCCCCCUUCCCCCAACAAAAUCUUUGGUCAGGAAGCCUUGGCAACUCCCCUUUUCCGACCGUGGGGGUGGGGUGGGGGCUGCAGUCAAUACCUUGCCCAGUGUCUCCAAGGAAGGAGAGGUGGUAAUUAACCAACCGACUUUGACCCUUGAUCUGCAGAUUCCCUGGCACCGCCUGGGCCUUAAGGAAAGUCAGGAAAUCAUCAGAUGAGGGGCCAAUGAGGGCUCUUGCUUCAGUCUCCCUCUUGAAUCAAACUCUUGGGGGUAGGGUUUUUGUGGCCUGAGCUGCCAGGAUCCUGUGACCUGAAGCCAGGGUGGGAUGUGUCACAGCUUAAGCUUAUCUCAUGGGGGCUGGGCCAUCCUCUGUAGCCUCUUUAAACAUUGGAAUGAUCCCAGUGGGGAAACUGAGGCAAAAAAGGAAAUGAGUGUCUCCCUAUCUAGGUGGGAGUGGGCCAGGACUGUAGUUUUUAGCUGGCUGUGUUCCCGCACCAGCUGGCCAGUGCUCCACCUCCGGAAGGACCAGGGAGAGACCAGCCCUUCCUUGCUCCUACCUCCUCCCCAACCUGUGUUUGACUUGCUGCUUAGCUGCUCCAUGGGAUCUGAUAAACUGAACUUGGACUGUGUUAAAGUCAGCCUGGGCUUCUGCCCACCACAGCCCUACCGGGAGCCAGAGCCAUCAGUGGCCGAACCCCCUUCCUGCCCCCUGGCUGUGGACAUGAGCCUUCGGGACUCCAGCUAUAGUACGGCCCCAGGAGCCUGCGUGGUGGCCCAGCUGCCCUCUGAAGAUGUGGGCCGCCUGACUGACCCCCAAAGCAGAGAUCAGGGCUUCCUACGCACCAAGAUGAAGGUUACCCUGGGGGACAGUCCUAGUGGAGACCUCUUUACCUGCCACAUCUGCCAGAAGGCCUUCACCUACCAGCGUAUGCUGAAUCGCCAUAUGAAAUGUCACAAUGAUGUUAAGAGGCACCUGUGCACAUACUGUGGGAAGGGUUUCAACGAUACCUUUGACCUCAAGAGACACGUCCGAACCCACACUGGAGUGAGACCCUACAAGUGCAGCCUGUGCGACAAGGCCUUCACCCAGCGCUGCUCCCUGGAGUCUCACCUCAAGAAGAUCCAUGGCGUGCAGCAGAAGUAUGCGUAUAAGGAGCGCCGGGCCAAGCUGUACGUGUGCGAGGAGUGUGGCUGCACGUCUGAGAGCCAGGAGGGCCACAUCCUGCACCUGAAGGAGCACCACCCUGACAGCCCGCUGCUGCGCAAGACCUCCAAGAAGGUGGCUGUGGCCCUGCAGAACACUGUGACAUCCCUACUGCAGGGCAGUCCCCACCUCUGAGCAGCUCAGGCUUGCUGCCCAGCCAGUCCGCCCUCCUGUGGCCUCUCCUCACAACCCUGACAUCAGGACUGGAGUCUGUGCAGUCCCCCUCACUCAGGCUGAUGCGACCUCGACUCAUUUCCCUGUUUGUCUUAUGGGCAGAGUUGAUCUGCACCUGAAAGACACGCAGAUGUCUGGGCAGGGGUGAGGCCCACGGAUUAGCAGCUGCCACCUACAGAGACAGGCACCAGGACUUCCUUCACAGAGGAAAUGCGGUGAGAGGGGAUCCUGUUGCCCUGGGCCCUGAGUGCAGGACAGAGGCUGCAGGUCCCCUUGGACAGCAGAGUCAAGAACACUGGCGAGGAGCACCCUGCAAAGACCCACGUGGGCACUGGUGGAGGCUUGUGCGCCUGCAGGCCACGCAUGCGUGCACAGCCAUGUGCAUGUGUGUGUGCAGCACUGCUCUGUGCGUGUUCAAAUAGAUGUGUCACUCGUGUGUGUACACAGGUGCACACAGGAGGCCUCUUCAGGUAUCACCUCAUUUUUAAAAAAUCAAGGUGCCAGGGAGGUUUUAUUUCCUUUUUUAAAAGAUGACAAAUGUACAGAUAUUAAUAUAUAUUUGGUGACCAUGGAGACUGUUUUUAACAGAGGGAUGGAGCUGGCUUUUCUCCUCCCUGUGUGGUUCUAUUUAUCCUGGACAUUUCAAACUUCUCUGUGCCUUGGGUCUGGGGCUCCUGCCCAAACCACCCCUGUUCCCUGAGAUCUCCACUGAAGACCUCCUCGGGCCCUGCGGAGGGUGCGCUGCUCCUCCUCUCCUUCCUUUUCUCUGGGCAGCACCUCACUUCUGCUCCUCCCUGGGGCUCUGCCUCCCAGAUCCUCUCCCGGCAGUCCCCAGGUUUCCUGAAGAGCCUGCUGGCACUGUUUGUUGGUGGUCCCAGGCUGACGACAGAGGUCAGCCAGGCAGGAUGGAGAGUCUGUGACGGGGAGGCUGCUACUUGCAGUGCUUCCAGCACAGGAGGGCUGGAAAGCCAGCCCUUUUCCUGGGUGAGUCAGACACCCGAACACAGCAACCAACAGUUGGCACCAAAAAAUAAAGACAACUGAAACUUCGAGAGGGAAGAGAGUGUGAGAUGGCUAAUAAAUUCUCUUUGUAGCCUUU